AGGAGAGCGGCUCGUCCGUUUGCAGGAGGCUGCACAGACCUGGAGGAAACCAAAGAGCCCACACUGAGUGACAAGCCAAAGUCUGCACUGCAGUGGAUUUCCUCAGGUGUGUGUGCGUGAGUGUGUGUGUGAGUGUGUGUGUGAGUGUGUGUGUGUGCUCCUUCUCAUUAAAACCUGAAGACGCUGCAGAAGCUUUUGGAGAAACUGUGUGGAGGUUGCCCGUCCUAAAAAAACUGUGCCACCUACCAGUUUCCAGACCAAAGAACGCCCCUGAUCAUGUGAUCACUGAAGCCAGCAGGCCUCAAGACUGCAGAGCUGUGACUGAACUCUGGGUUCACUCACUCUCUCUCUGGAUUUAAAGAAAUCAAAAACUGCUUUGAUGUCUGACCUAAAUCUUCAAUCCUAAAGCAAAGACCAACCAACGCUUCACUUUCAUCUCCUUGCACUUGGAGGACUUGGUGGUUUUGGAUGAAGAAAGUUGGAUCUGUUCUUCAGGAGGUUGCAGGUAGAGGAAGGGUGUCAAAUUCCAUGUCAGGGACAUUAACACGUGUCAUUAAAGACAGACCGAGUUUUUGUUUUGGUCUUCUUCAAAGCCACUACAUGUUACUUUAAAUGGUAAUAGUCCUAUGGGCUCCAGUUGCAAUGGCAGCUGAAAGUUUCCAGUACCGGACGAUCUACGAGUACAGGAGGGAGCGUGUGGAUGAUAUCAGUCUCCAGCUGGGCGACGUGCUCACUGUCCCCAGGUACCAGGAGGGGGAGGAACGGAGCCCCAAAGGCUGGCUGCGUGGCACCAACGAGAGGACCAAGGAGCAGGGAACAUUUCCAGGGACCUUUGUGGAGUACAUUGGUGAGAGUCCUGCAUCUAAACCCUGGCCCAGGCCUGCAGCGUGGACCAAUGUGGGGCCUCAACCUCAGGGAGCAGCUGCAGCUUCAGGUGCGGAGGCAGAGCUUCUGUCUGACACGGCCCCGGUGGUUGUGCGGAGACUCACCGAGGCCAUCGAGAAACAUGGUUUGAACAGUGAGUCUCUGUAUGGAGCCCCUGCAGCGUCUGGUGGACCUGCAGAGCUGCGACAGUCUCUCGACUCAGAUCCAGUCUCAGUGGAUCUGGACCAGUAUGAUGUGGACCUGGACACUCCCAUCAUCCCUGCCACAGUCUGCAGUGAGCUGGUCUACACUGCUGAAGAGAGUCAGAGCGUGGAGGAGUGUGGCGACAGGCUGAGGAGGAUCCUGGAGUCUCCCAGCAUCCAUCAGGCCAACCACCAGCUUCUGGUCCAUCUCAGCAGACAUCUGGCUCGGGUCAGUCUGCACAACCAGGCCAGACCUCGGCUGCUGGGACAGUCCUUCACAGAGUCCAUCUUCAAACACUCACUUCUCAGGUGUGGAAGGCUUCACCCAUUCUCUCAUUCGUUGCAGUUUUUUCACACAUUGUGGGUCAUAUAUGAAAUAAAAUAUUUUUACAUCAUUCAACAUCCUUCAUUCCUGAUCCUUACUCUAUGUAUGCAAGUGCAUGGUAACCAUAGUGACAGGACUGAGGUUUCAGGCUCUGGUAGAAAUGAACUGACAAAGUGGAGCUCAGCUGACCUUGGUUCAUACUGACGCCGAGUGCACUUGAGCAUUGAGAGGAUUUCAAGUGUAUUAAAUAAUCAUGGAAAGAACAGAAAACAUUUCAAUGUUUGGUGGAAGCUUGUGGUGUUGUUUACAUCUGAUUUUAUUUGAUGUUGUGUAUCGUUGCAUCAAUUCAGUUUGUUACUUUUUGAUCAUGUGUGUUUAUAUAGUUAUAGAAAAAUUAUUGUCACUUUAUAUACGUUUUAACACAGUGAUGGAAAAAGGGCAGCUUAUCCGCACUGUAAGCUUCUUCUGACUGAAAAUGACAUGUGUGUGGAUCUAUUGCUGCUUACAUCUGUAAGUUUAAACGUGUUGUUUUGAGACUGAUUGGACUUACCUCAGUGACAAUGUUACCAAACGAGACCAACAGCCCCUUUGUGUCCCUUUGUAAUAAAAUAGCAGAUUUGCUCUAUGGA